AUGGUUUCUUCGAGACGCGGUUUCAACCCGAUAGCCUUCACACCUUGGCCAGUGACAAUACUCACGUCGUUGGUGUACCUCGCCCUGAUAAUCCCAAUCAUCGUUGUCCAUCACCUUGUUCCUCCCGCGCCAAAGCAAAGCCCUCCAGGCGUGGAUCUAGAGGAAGCCUGGCACGAUCUCCAACACCUGACUAGGCAGUAUCACCCUUACAACAGCCACUCAAACGAUGAAGUGCACCAGUGGCUCCUUAAGCGUAUCCGCGCUAUCUCCGCAACGACCUCGGCUCGCUCAGAAUCCCAAGGAGGCCCAGAAGUCUUUGUUUUCGACGAUAACCAAACCAACCUAACGUUUUCUAGCGCUGGAGUUGCUGCUACAGCCAUUACUGGCGUAUAUUUCGAAAGCAAAAAUAUCGUGGUCUAUAUUCGAGGCACGGAAGAUGAGCCGGGGGAGUGGUGGAAAUCUCCAGAUGGUGAACCGUCCGGGAAAGGAGGCGUGCUCGUCAAUGCACACUAUGACAGCGUUUCUACCGGAUACGGAGCGACGGAUAACGGAGUUGGCGUGAUUACCACACUGCAGCUUCUCAAGUACUUCACCACUCCCGGACACUAUCCUCGAAAGGGCUUGGUGCUGCUGUUUAACAAUGGGGAGGAAGAUUUCCUUAAUGGCGCGUAUGCAUACAGCCAACACCCAAUGUCAAAAUUCACGCAUACGUUUUUGAAUCUUGAAGGUGCUGGUGCAGGCGGCCGUGCUGUCCUUUUCCGUAGUACAGACACAGAGAUUACAAGAUUCUAUGGAAAAUCACAACAUCCCUUCGGCACAGUGCUUGCGAGAGACGCGUUCAAAUUGGGGUUUAUUCGCAGUGAAACCGAUUACCAUGUCUUUGACGGCGUCUUUGGUAUGCGUGGACUUGAUGUUGCAUUUAUGGAGCCCAGAAGCAGAUAUCACACCGACCAAGAUGAUGCUAGACAUACAAGUAUUGAUUCUGUCUGGCACAUGCUUUCCGCAGCUAUUACAACCACAGAAGGGUUGGUCAGUUACACCGGAAAUGAAUUUGACGGUGAUAGCGGAGAGGGCGGGAAGCUCAACAACGGUGUCGGCACCUUGGGAGUUUGGUUCGACUUCUUCGGCUCGUCUCUUGCGGUCUUCCAGCUUAAUACUCUCUUUGGACUCUCAGUAGCCCUCUUGGUUGUUGCUCCUCUUCUACUCAUUCUUACGUCUGUUGCACUCUUCGCAGUUGACAAAAUGUACAUGUUCUCCAUGUAUACGUACUUGUCAGAAUCAGGUGGACAAGUAUCUCUCUACGGCUUAAGAGGGAUGUUCCGCUUUCCCCUAAUCCUUGGUAUUAGCACUGCUCUAACUGUUGCUCUGGCAUUCCUGAUAAUGAAGGUCAAUCCUUUCAUUAUAUAUAGCAGUCCAUAUGCAGUCUGGAGCAUGAUGCUGUCCACUUGCAUGUUCUUUGCAUGGUUUAUUUCCUGCGUUGCGGACUUUGCCAGACCAUCUGCGCUACACAGAGCGUAUGCAUUUUCUUGGAUGUUUGGCAUUUUGUGGGUUUUCCUUGUGAUAGCCACCGUUUAUCAGCGACAGCACGGCAUAGCAAGUAGCUACUUCAUUGUAUUCUACUUUGCUGGAGUAUCUGUUGCAACAUGGAUCUCGUACUUGGAGCUUUUUGGUCUGUCAACAACCCAGGAUUAUGCCCGUCGACAGUCCCGCCUUUCUGAUCGAACACCCAGUUCAGAUAGCCACCUUCUCGCACCAUCUGCGGAUGAACUUCCAUCCAGCGGUAGUGUGGCAGGACGAGAUUUUAACCCAGAAGAUGUUGAGGACGAGGAGCCCACAGAAUCCACGUCUCUCCUUCGGGGACAGCAGAGAACAACCUUUGCUAAUUAUGCCAGUGCUAGAGGCAGCCAGGAGAGCAAUAUUUCUAACCAGGGAAGCAGCUUGUUACACCCUAAAAAUAACCGACUAGAACAAAAAUGGAGUAUCUACCUCGUGUCGUCGGCUUGGAUAUUGCAAUUCCUUCUCGUUGCACCUAUUGUUCUCAUUCUUCUUGGCCAACUUGGACUCUUCCUAACAUCUGCAACAUACCAAAUUGGUGCCGAUGGUGGUUCACAGUUCAUCAUAUACAUCGGCAUCGCCGUCUUGUCCGUUCUCAUCCUCCUCCCACUUUUCCCUUUCAUCCACCGAUUCACCUAUCAUAUCCCGACAUUCAUGCUGUUCGUCCUCAUCGGAACCCUGGUGUACAACCUGACGGCGUUCCCAUUCUCCCACAACAGCAGAUUGAAAGUUGCAUUUGUCCAGGAAAUGGACCUUGGAACUGGGAAGAACCAAGCAUCUCUCGUUGGCGUAGAGCCAUAUAUCCGUGAUAUCGUUCACGCCAUCCCAUUCGUAAAUGACGAGGAAAUCUCAUGCACCUCCAAGGGCUACGGAGGAAGAACCAAAUGCUCCUGGCCCGGGCUCAGGCCGACAGUAGUAGAUGGCCCGUACAAGGACUGGGUCACCUACAACAUCUCUCAAACUAAAGAAGAUAAAACCACGCGCUUCGAAGUUUCUGGCAAAAAUACCAGAGCAUGCAAACUGCUCUUUGAUAGCCCCAUUUCCGACUUCCAUGUACAUGGCUCUGUUGUUGAUAAACGUAUACCCCACACCGGAUCAAAAGGCGUUUCUGAAGUUCGACUCUGGAGUCGAAAUUGGGAAAACACAUGGACAGUUGAUGUGGAAUGGACUAAGAAGAGCGCUGAGCGCACGGGCAGGGUGAUGUGCUUGUGGAGUGAUGACAACGAUCUCAAUCUCAUACCUGAGUUAGAUAUGAUUCGCAAAUUUGCCCCUUGGUGGGUUGCGAUCACGAAGCUGAGGGACGGCCUUGUUGAGGGAAGUUAUUCAUUCAAGCUAUAG